GGCAACAAGAACUACACCAGCAAGCUGCCCACCCUUUUCUCACAAACACAGUCUAUUUUCCGACCGUUUUGCGAGAAGUCUUCCCAGGUUAGUCUUUGUCCAACUUUUUCGUGCUUGGCCAGCGAGAUUGCUGUGAGAUAGAAUGAUGUCCUCAUCUCCGCCGCCAGCCAACCAGACUCCUUUCAAAGAUCACAACGUGACGGUUUCUUCGUCACCGCUGCUUGGUGAUACGCUGACCUUACACAGCGUCCACGAGUACAGUUUUUUGCAUCGGCCACACAUGGGCACAGACGAAGAGUUUGGCCACGAGCAACCUGCGUCUGCGUCUGCGCCGCCCGCCGUGCACGAGGACCUGCUGGACUUUGUGCCGAUCUCCAGCCAGGAGGACCCGACGCUGCAGUACCCAUCGUACAUGCACCCGUUGACGGAGUCGUACUCUAGCUCGACGGUUUCCAGCGUGCACACAGAGAACGCAAUUCCGUCGAGCGUGAGCAACGGGUCGCUGUCGAACGUGCACCGCACGCCCGUCAGACGAUCGAACUCGCUGAUCACGCCACGACGCCCGGCGAACGCGGGCAGGGCCACGGACAAGUCGCCCGGCACGGGCAACCCGUUCUACACGCCGCCGGCGUUCUUGUCGCCCAAGAUCACCAAACACAGGAAACAGCGGUCACUCACGACGUCUGUUUCGCUGUCGCAUCUGGACACAGACCUACAGUUGCAGAUGCAGCACAACCAGCACGGUUCGCCGUUGCACACGCCAUUGCGCACUCCCGGGCGGCCAGCGGUGGACGAGAACGAGGAGGACGACGGCGAGGAGCCACGCGACAGCACCGGCGAGUCCGGGGAGUCGUACUUUGUGUCGCCGUCCGUGCUGAUGAAAAAGAAGUUUGGCGGCAAGUUGUCGGACCUGCACACGCUCAGACACGAGACGCACGAGGUGUACCACAUGGACCAUCUGGCCGCGUCGAACGACUUCAUCAACCCGGAGUUUUUGCAAAAAGUGCAGGACAUUCCGCUGCUGAUCGACGACGACAACGUCGAGGCGCUCGACCAGCAGAAACUCAUGCAUCCGCCGCUGCUGCGCGCCACGACGCAGCCUCUACCACAGCCCAAGCCGGGCAGGCUGACGCGCUCGCGCUCGACCAUGAACUUGAGCGAGAUCGCGUCGUACAAGGAGGCCAAGACGGCAGCGUUGCGCUCUGCUAGCUCGUUCAUGGACGAUCUGAAUUUCUCUAUUUCUGAGGUGCCCGAGCCUGAACAGGCGCCGGCGUCGGCCCCAGCGUCGGCGCCCUACCACUACGACAUUCCCUACUCACAAACCCAGGCCAGACAGUAUUCACGGUUCCAAUACCUAACUCCGCCAAACUCGUCAUCGUCAUCUACUUCUGGCGUCAACUCGUUCCUGGGAGGCGACAACAAAGCCGAAGAGUACAAAAAGAAGCUUGCGCUUGGGUCCGGUCUCAAGGAGCCCGAGCGGCUGGACCGGCCGCUGCAGUCGUCGCGGUCCAAGUCCCGCUCCAAGAACUCCGAGCAGGAGAAGAAAAAAACGCACGAGUGUCCGUUGUGUCACUCGCGGUUCCAGCGGCCCGAGCACGUCAAGCGGCACAUGCGGUCGCACUCGUCCGAAAAGCCGUUUGUGUGUCCGCAGGAGAAGUGCGGCAAGCGUUUCAAUAGAAAUGAUAACCUCAAACAGCAUCUGCGCAAGAUCCACCAUCUGGCCAUCUGAAAUAGAAUGUAUAGGACAAUAUACGCGAAAGCGAGCGACCAACAGGCAUAUCACAACGCCUGUCUGAUCUGUGCGUCGAUCGGCAUCUCGCUCACGUCGACGCUGGCCACAACGUUGGACUUGUGGAACUCCUGCUUCAUCACGCCAGCCACCGCGUAGCAGAUCGCCGCAAUCGUCAUGAGCACCGCCAGCGCAAUCAGCGACGUCGACAUGCACGUGAUGCUUAGCCACUGGAUCACCGCCAUUAUCACGUAGAACAGCACCCUGUACAUGUUCUGGUCCAGCGUCUGGACCCCGCGGAUGAACCAAUCAGGCACCCGGAAAAUCUUGAGCAGGAACGGCACCUCCACAAAUGCCAGGAUUAUGCCCUGGAUGAUUGCCAGAAUGGCAAACACAAUCACAAUGUUGAAGUGGAAGAUGUUGGCGAUGCCCAGGGCGAUCGACAGAAAUAUCAGCACAAUGCCUAUCCAUUGGCCGUAGAGACUGAAGUUCAUGGACUUCAUGUCCUGGACGAAUCCGCUGAUCCUAAUAUAAU